AUGAGUUCCACUGAAGGUUGGAAGAAAAAACCUUCAUCCACACCAUCACCACCAAUCCCGAAGACUAACACAAAAAGCAAGACAAGAAAAUCUACAAACGUUAAUCCUCUCAAUCUGGUUAUUUCAUCAAGUCAAGAAUCAUCAAAUUCUUCUUGGAGUUUUUCUCUGACUCCUCCUCCAUCAUCUCUUUCACCACCAAAUAAUAAAAAGAGAAAAUCCAGAAAUAUUCGUGAUGAUGAAUCGGAACAACAUGAUCAUCCAAGUAACAACAAGAAAAAUCCUAAAAAAUCGACUCAAAUCGGAAAGAAGGCUUCUAAUAAUUCGAAAAAGCAAUCAUCUCAUAUCAUUGAUUUAGAAACAAGCUCAUCAUCAUCGGAAGAUGAAGUCAUCACGUUGAAAUCUGUCAAUCAACGAAAAAAGAAAAAAGUAGAAAACACCACAAGCAAUGCUGAUGAAUCAUCAUCCACUGUAAAGAAGCACUCAAAAAUUGUUGAUGACGAAGAAGAAGACUUCGAUCUCGAUGACGAGACCAUAGAGAAAAUAUUGAACGACCACAAACAAGAAUCCAAGACAGAGCACAUAUCUUCUGAUGAUGAAUCUUCUGGAGAUCCAUCCCAAAAAGAGGUCACCGAAGAUUGGUGUGAAAAAUAUACUCCAACAGAUCCUUCAGAACUAAUCAUUAACAAAAGAGUAGUAUCACAGUUUGAAAAUUGGUUAUGUAAAUAUCCAUCAUCAGACCCAAAAAUCCAAUUUGAAAACAAACCUUGCAUUGUGACAGGAAGUGGAGGUUGUGGAAAGAGAAGUCUAAUUUAUUUGAUGAUACAAAAACAUUUUGGAUUUAAGCGAUUGCAAGUUUAUCACCCACAGAAAAUAAUGAAAAAAUUAUUAGGAGAAAAAAAACAGCAGAAUGACAACGAAUCAUCCACUUGGUUAACCAAUAAGGACGAAACAGAUUUGUUAGAUAUUUAUUUGCAAUCAAAAAAAGAUAUACAGCUCAACACUAGGUAUCACGACCAUGGAGGCCAAGAAGGGCUUUCAAAAGGUCCUAAUCCCAACACUGUCAUUGCACACUUUAGGGAUUUUAUGAGAUCAUGUGUGAUUAAGAGAGCUUUAAGUUUUACCAAACCCACUUUUGAUUCAGAUAUUUCUUACUUGACCAAAUAUAUGGAUCAUUCAACCUACACACCUGAUAGUACAUUACAUGAGUAUAGUGUAGAAAUUGUUGUCAUUGAAGAACUACCACCAGUAUAUACGAAACAUCAAAAAGAAAAAUUAUUCGAAGCUCUCAAUUAUUUACUUUCAUUGUUGGGAGACAUUGAUGUUCGAAAACGGAAAAGACUUAUUAAGGUUAUUAUCAUCUCGGAAUAUUCAAGCUCAUCAUCUGCCGAGUACGAUAUUAUGGUAAAUUUACCAAGAGAUUUUUUGGAUCAUUGCGAGGUUGUAAAAAUACCAAAGGUGACUGAAAAUAAGAUUUUGACCAGAAUUAAGGAAAUUUGUAAACAAGAACGAGUUUCAAGAUUUAUUGACCAAUCUGAAUUUGAGGAAAUUGCAGAAUGCGCUAAUGGUGACUUGCGACAAGCAAUUCACCAAGUUCAAUUCUUUGCAAGAGGAGGAAAAAAGAUGAAGGAUUUAUUUGGCAUUAAGAAAAAGACAAAGGAAAAAGAAGAAAUUACCAAAAUUUUAAAAAGAGUGGAAAAGAAAACCGAAAAGAAAAAGAAAUUGAUUUGCAAAACCAAAGACAGCUAUAGAGAUAAUGCAACUACCAUUCAUCAUGCUGCUGCUCGUAUAUUGUAUGGAAAACGUUUAUCUAAUGGACAAGUAGAAUUUCACUUGGAAAGAGAUGUUUUGGAUCUUUACAAAACUGAAAAAAACACCAGUGCACAAACUAUUACAAACUAUGUACAGGCAAAUGCUCCAUAUUUUUGUGAUGAUAUUCAAGCAGUUGCAGAUUCCUUAGAUAGUUUUUCAGAAUGCGAUUCUUUGUAUGGAAAACGAUUUGAAGCAUCCUAUGAUGACAAUCAACUUACCACCAAUUUUUCACAAUAUCAAUUUUUGAUUUCAUCAAAAUCCGUUCUCUAUAAUUACCAAGGAAUGGUCAAAAAGUUCGACAGCAAAAAAUCAAUACUUGCUCCAAAAGUUGUAAAAGCAUUCUACAAAACUCGAGAGGAGAAGUUGAAACAGCUCUUGUUAUAUUUACAAUGUGAAGAUAAGAAUUUUUCCAUGCUAGAAAAAGCCAAUUUUUCAACUCUUCCAUUCGAUCAAGUAGCAACUCUCUCAAACCUAUUUGAAAUGUCAGACAUUUUUGAAUGUCAAAUUCCCUAUCUAUUAGAAAUUCUAAAGAAGUCAAAUCAAUUAGUUCCCUUUGCUGUGAAAAACACAGUAUUAAGAAACAUACACAAUUAUCCAUUACAAGGAAUGAGUGGAUCCAAGACAUUAUUUGUAAGCUCAGAUGAAUACGAAACUUUAGAUAUUGUUGUGAAUACAUCAUCUCCUGGAAUGAAUCAUCAAACAUUGUCACAACAACAAUCCAAUAACGCAUCACCCAAUCUUCCUUCAUUAUUUGGAACUGAUUCAGGAAAUUCUAUAUUUUCUACCUCCUCGUCAUCUUCACUUUUCGAAUCCAUCCUUCCAACCUUAUUCAAUCAUCUCUCACUUGGAAAGAAUGUGCGAGACGAGAAUGCCACAUUUGCACUUCCUCCAGGUGAAGAUAUUGACAUGGAUAGUGAAUUUGAAAUUGAUGAUGAUAUUCUUGACUCGGAAAUUUAA